AUAUUCCGUUUCCGGCUAACAUUUGAUUUCACCAUUAGGUGAUGAUAUGAACCUGCAGCGUUUUAUCCUAAAAAAGUGAUAGAACUUGUUCAUUAGAAAUGCAGGAAUUUCUCCUGGAAGGGAACAGAGCAAGGGCAGAAGGGCUGUUCGAAGUUGAAAUGGGAGGAAGUGUGUCUUUCGAUAUGUGAAUGAGGGUUGGACAUUUGGGAUUUUGGAUUAUGGAACAAGGCCACUCCUCGAGCACUGUAACAGGGGUUUGCUUUGCUUUCCUACCAUCGGAAAGACCUAUUUUGAAGCAAGGAGUGUGGAUAUUGCCCCGAUCUACAUUUCCUCCAGUUGACUACGUGCAAGUUAUUAAGGCGUCGGAGUACAAAGGUAAACUGGUGGAGAGCUUUGCGGUUCUCUUGGCACAUUCCUCGAGUCUCAUUUAUUUGUUGACUAACUUUGAAAGACAGGCACGAUAUCGAAUCGAGAGAUCAUUAUUCUUUGCUUGCUCUAUUACUCCAGCAAUGUGGAGAAGUCUUUUGGGUAGAUUGGAGUUCAGAAGGAGGUCAGAGGUUGCUUGGGUGAGUCUAUCUAAGGGAAGGAAACUCAACUCCAUCGUCCUUCGGCCGUUAUGGACGUGCUAUGUAUAUCAAGUUUGGAGGAUGAGAAACAGUUGAGUUUUUCAGAAGAAAACCACAACAAUCGUAGUCCCAAAAAGAAGAUUUGAUCUUUCUUUGUAAAGUUUGUUUACAGUUUUCUCAAUGCUCUCUCUUGGAUAAGGAUACGUUGUACAUACUCUUUUAUUAAUGAAAUAGACUCAACACUUAUCCCAAAAAAGAAAAAAGAAAAAAAAGAAGAACCUGCAGCGCUGUGGAUGAAGAUUUAUA